CUUAGCCUUGUUUUUGUCUCCCCUAUUCUAAAAGAAAAAACAACUAUCGCGGGAUCUCGUCAACCUCACAAGCGGCUACCCUGACAGGAUAGUUUUUGGGAACACUUUUUUUUCCGUCCUACUCAGCCUUGCACCGGUUUCACUGUUUUUCUGUUGCUAUGUCUUCUGAACAUAUAGCAAUCCAUCUGGCAAAGCGCCCGGAGACUACCAUUGUUCCUGGUGAGACAUUUGUUGCAAGAGCACAUCCGGCGCCUGGACCAGGUGAACUUCAAGAUGGUGAGGUUGUCUUGGAAAGCCUUUAUCUAAGUUUGGAUCCUGCGAUGCGUGGCUGGCUAGACGACCGACCUUCAUACAUCCCUCCCGUUGCGAUUGGUGAAGUCAUGCGUGGCUCUGCUUUGGGACGGGUAAUUGCCUCACGAUCACAGCGUUUCCUUGUUGGAUCCUACGCCGUCGGUAUGAUUGGUUGGACCGAGAAGGCAAUCAUCAAUGAAAAUAACUUGGAAGCCGUGUCCAAACCUGACUCUACCGAUGGAGGCCGCUUGACCGAUAUUCUAGGCGUGCUUGGCUUUACGGGAAUCACGGCAUACUGGGGAAUGGUGGAAGUUGGUCAUGUUCGCCCCGGAGAUGUUGUGGUUGUCUCAGGUGCGGCUGGGGCGACUGGUUCCAUUGCUGGACAGAUUGCAAAGAUCCAUGGCGCCACCGUGUACGGAAUCACUGGUUCAGAUGAGAAGUGUCGUUGGCUAAUCCAGGAUCUCAAUUUCGACGGAGCGCUGAACUACAAGGGCAAGAAUUUCGACGACGAAUUCAAAGCUUUGACUCAAGGAAAGAUCGACCUCUUCUACGACAAUGUCGGUGGGCAGAUCCUCGACUUGGCCCUCGUCUGCGCCAGGAAACAUGCUCGAUUCGUCAUGUGUGGUGGAGUCAGUCAAUUCAAUGAGCGUGAAGUGCAGGGCCCGAAGAACUACCAAAUGAUAUGGAGAAUGCGAAUCCGCAUGGAAGGCUUUAUCGUCUUUGAUCAUAUGGAUCGAAUUCCCGAAAUCAGACAGAAGCUCAGCCAGUGGCUAGUAGAAGGCCAACUGAGGCGGAGGGAGACCAUUGUGAGUGGUGGUAUACGACAAGCGGAAACGGCCUUGACGCAAUUGUAUCAGGGUUUAAACACAGGAAAACUUCUUGUUGAGGUCAAAGCUCCGUGAAGGGAGUUAAGAAGACCAUGACGAGGCUCUGCCGAUGCUCCAGUGUUCCAAUAGAAGCCUUGAAGAUGUAUUUCUCUUAGAGGCGAUGCAUCAGACGCUGGCGAAGGAUGCAACACGAUUUCUCGUAUAUUGUGUGCUUUUCAGGCAUCCUUAACCGACCUGAUCCUGAUGUAGUCAUUCGAAUAUAUCAUUAGAUUAAUU